GAUGCCAGCUUGUUAGCUGUUAGCAAGCUCCGUAGAAAUAAAAGGCAAGGAAGUGUUGGUGUGUUUUCGCAUUUGUUUUAGAAUACGCGUAAUUAAGCGGUCUUAUUCAUAAGUUGACUUAGACUUCKCAGGCAGUGUUUGUUUAUACCGCUACUCAGUUUCCAGUUGGGUUGUCAGUGUUGCAGCGUCUUAUGUUUUGCAGUAAGAGGAUUUCACAGACGCCGAGGCUUUCACUCUUCUAUUUCUGCUCUAAUUGAUAUAAUUUACGACUUUGUUAGUGUUCGUUGCGUUGUAAAAGGGCGGGUUGGGCAAUAAUAUAUUAAUGACCGUGAAUUGAAAUGAUACAACCUUGCUAAAUUCAAUGUGUCUGACCCCAGGAAGAUUUUAGUCUGGUCCUUUUUAAUAUAAAAAUGCCAGCUGUGGUCCAGGAAAAAGAGGAUUCUGAAUCCUCCUCAGAAGAUGAGCAUGGAGAGCAUCCUUGUGUCACAUGGAGCGGCCUCAGCAAGACGAUUCCCAUUUUCCUAUUUUUACCCGAGGCCAUUGUUUCCAAAGAUAGGAUUAUCUGCUCUGUUGGAGAGCGAUAUAAUAUGGCCUUCAAGAUUGUGCGCACAGAGAGUCGCCUGGUACGAAGAAUACUCACCAAUCAUGGAUUCACUGAGGUUCACCCGAACAGUAAUGACUUUAACCUGAUGUGGACGGGUUCUCACCUCAAGCCUUACGUCCUGCGCUGCCUUCAAGACUACCAGAAGGUCAACCAUUUUCCCAGGUCAUAUGAAUUGACUCGCAAAGACCAUCUCUAUAAAAACAUCCAGCGGAUGCAGCAGACUCACGGCUUCAAAAACUUCCACAUAAUCCCUCAGACCUUCAUGCUUCCCUCUGAGUACCAGGAAUUUCGCAAUUGUUUUGCCAAGGACAAGGGGCCUUGGAUAAUCAAACCAGUUGCAUCUUCAAGAGGACGGGGGAUCUACCUGGUCAGCAAUCCAAAUCAGAUCGCGAUGGAUGCUAACAUCUUGGUGUCUCGCUACAUCAACAACCCGCUACUCAUWGAUGAGUUCAAGUUUGAUGUGCGUUUGUACGUGUUGGUGACAUCAUACGACCCACUCCUCAUCUAUGUUUAUGAGGAGGGACUUGCUAGAUUUGCAACAGUCAAGUAUGAUCGAGCGUCAACAAACAUCAAGAACACGUUCAUGCAUCUCACCAACUACAGUUUGAACAAAAAGAGCAGUGAUUAUGUCAGCUGCGAUGACCCUGAAGUGGAGGAUUAUGGGAACAAAUGGAGUAUGAGUGCAGUGCUGAGGUAUUUGAAGCAGGAGGGAAAGGACACCACAUUGCUGAUGAGACAAAUUGAGGACCUCAUYGUCAAAGCUGUGCUCAGUGCGGAGCUUCAGAUAGCCACUGCCUGCAAGAUGUUUGUUCCUCAUAAGACGAAUUGCUUUGAGCUGUAUGGUUUUGAUGUGCUCAUUGACUCCAACCUCAAACCCUGGUUGUUAGAGGUGAACCUUUCUCCCUCCCUGUCUUGCGAUGCACCCUUAGAUCUGAAGAUAAAGGCAAGCAUGAUUGCAGACAUGUUUUCACUUGUGGGCUUUGUGUGUCAAGACCCCCUGUCAAGACAGCCUCGCUCAGACAGAGUUGCCUCUGACAAGUUUUCAGCAGCCCAAAGAACACAGAAAUAUUCUGCACCAUCAGYCACUGUGCCCAGCAGGCUGCGACAGAGACCUACAUCAACCUGUAGCUCAGAAACAGACAAGCAAGUACCUAAACACAGCCUAGAAGACAGCACCCUCAACCUGACUGCAGAGGAGAUCAAAGUGCUGAGGAGGAUAAAGGAGGAGUAUGAAAGGCGAGGGGGUUUUAUAAGGAUCUUCCCCACCGAAGAUACAUGGGAGCUUUAUGGGAAUGGGAGCAUGCAGCUGCAGGUGGACACAGUCCAUGGCUGUCACGUUGUCCAGUAUGAGAGGAAGCUGCUGUCCCUGGAGGCAAGAAAAAGGAGACAGCGCCACCGAAGUUAUCACUCUAGUCCAAGGAAGAAAAAGCUGGGGAAGGAAUCCAGGGCCUCCCUGACCGAGAACGGGAGUCAGGAGGCAGAGGAGUGUGCUCAGGAGGAAAGAGAGGAGGCGCAGCCACUUCUUGGGCCAGUCUCGUGCAAGGCUUUGGUAACAGAGCAAAGAAAACAAGUGGACACACCACUGGAGCGCUGCCACAACAAAUCUCUGUCCAGCUCAGAGGCAGCCAUGCACAAUGCCAGACCCGCAGUCAACCUGCUCAACAUCCUUCAGCAGGGGUGGGACCUCAGUAAAGUGCAAGCCCGGAUUGCUUUUUCUUCCUACCUGCACCGGGUUCAGCAAAGGCUUCUGGCAGAAAGCAGAGUUAACACCGUCUCAGCUUGGCCAGACAAGGACAGCGACCAAAUGGAGCUGGUGAUUCGCUUCCUACGAAGAGCGGCGAGUAACCUUCAGCAAGAUAUACGGGUUGUUUUGCCCAAUCGUCAGUUACCACUSCAGGACCGCCGACGCAUCCUGUCCCACCAGCUAGGAGAGUUUAUCCGCUGUUACAACAAGGAAACUGAACAUUUGAUGACCAAACAGGAGAGCGGUGGGGAGCAGUGUUGUGUAAACCAAAGUGUAUUUCAGGAGUAUAUCACUGCAGCAAGUGAAAACGAUCUGGAAGAAGUGCUGACGUUUUAUACACAGAAAAGUAAAUCGGCCACCGUCUUCUUAGGAACUAGAAGUGUCAAGAAAGAUGUUCAGGAUUCAGGCAAAAUCUCUAAAUCUCUGCUUGUGGACACCAGGGCUUCAGAGUCUUCUCUCUCAACAGGGAAAGUCAGCUGUGACUCAGACGUUAAGGCCACAGAGAGUCAGAAGUCUGUGUCUAUGAAGCCUUCAGACCAACAGGCAGAUGUUACAACGGGUAAACCUCAGCCAGAUGUCCAGUCAUCUCAGCACUCCUCCAGUUUUCCCCUGACCUUAGAUUGCACUCGCGCUCGUCUGCAGCACUGCUCUCCUGCUGCAGCAUUCAUUCCUCUUCACUGUCCGCCGCCGCCGCCGCCUCCUCAGCCUCCCUCUUACGCACAGUCCUUGGCGAAGUCUCACUUUUGCCAUUCAGAMACUCACUCUGACCCUCCUGCGUACACCUCUGCCCCUGUCAUCACACRACCUCCAAAAGCGAUCCAGGCCGCCGCAGCUACCGCCACCAACACCGUGACUUCAGGGCAAUCAGGGCAGGUGCUCAAAAGGAUUCAGUCUUUUGCUCCGUCCAYUUUCAGCUCUGGAGCAACUGCCUCAAUCCCAGCUGUUACACACAUCUACAGCCAGAAGCUCUCUAGACCCACGUCUGCAGGCCAAGAGAUCAGGAGGAGCAGUUCCAGUAAGUUCAAGUCAAACUCAGUGGGGACGUUCAGGGAGUUACAGUCCCUGUCUGCUCAGGCUCAGUCCAACCAGCAAGCAUUCAUCUCAGCUCUGCAGAAACUGGCUGACAAGCAAGUGGCUCGCCACUGUUCCAGCUCCAGUCACAUCAACCUGCUGACACAACACUUGACCAACCUGAACCUGGCCAGCAGGAUGCUGAGCAGAGAGAAUUUAACGCUGAACCCCAAAACUGCUGCAACCCAAAGACCCCUGAGAGCUGCACAUUCUGAUCGUCUAAGCAGAACAGGACCACUGAAGGAUGAGGAAGGACUUCUGGAUGGGCGGAUGCAGACCACCUCCAGCCUGGUGAAAGACCUGAACCCCAUACAACCUAAACAGCUAGCACAAGGAAGCUACCAGCUUCAGUUUGCUAUUCAGCAGCUGCAACAACAGAAACUAAAGUCGCAUCAGUUCCUGGACAGACGUCAGGCAGAUGUCCUCAGAGAGUUCAGCCAGUGGAUCCGUGUCAAGUGGCAAGCAGGUGGUGUACGAGGCCRUCUGCGGUAAAACAGGUCUUUCUAUGUACCAGAAGCUGGUCCAGGGCCAGGAUCCCUCUCACAGAUGACAUGAAGAGGAUUCAGAGGACAUCGUGCCACUCUGCAGGCCUGACAGGUGUCAGUGCAUGUAACUACAUCUCACAGAGUUAUAUUCUGGGGAAAGGACAACAGAUGAAAGUCUGCCAAACAUCGAGCAGCAUYCUAAUCAUUUCUAUACGAUACAGCCACAGACAUGCGAGCGGAUAAUAUGCCAGGCCUGGAAUGUGGAGCCUUGACGCAGGUUGGGAUAUAGUUGCAUUGCUCCAAUCCCCCCACCCUCCCACCCUCAUUGCCCCUGGCUACAAUCAGUCUACAUCCCAACAGCUGCCUGCUCUCAUUCCCUCCAUGCUACUGAUGCCACGGGAAGAUUUUACUGAUAGAUAGCCUACAGCAGAUGGCUCCUCAAGACCUGUUGGUAUUCAAACAAGUACAGUGUUUAAUUCUCCACUUAAGAGGUGUGUGCAAGUCCCCCCCCCCCCCCCACACACACACACUAUCCCUGAAUGAAAAAGAAAAACAAGCGAGAUAGGGUGUAAUGAGAAACUUCUGAUGAGUUUGACAUGUAUUGUUUACAGUUCAUGAGAAGUUUCUCAUCUUACUGUGGUGCUCGGUGAGCAUGAAAGACCCUUUCAUGUGUGGCUUCCAACAAUAGACAUUCCAGACUCCAUGUUGGAAGCCAAACUGUUGCCAAAUCUCUGCUCGUUGCCUGAAAAUGAGUGAAAGAACAGCAUCCGUUUGGUCCUGAGUGUGAAGGUUCUGGUAAAGGUUUUAAAUGUGAGCAGCUGUUGCCUUGUUUCCUGUUUUAUGAAUGUUAGACUCAGAAGUUGAGUUUUUGCUGUAAAACUGUUCUUAAUAUUAUUUAUUUUUCCUUAGAAGGACCAAUUCACUUGUUUGCUUUAGCAAGUUAACUGUCAUCAUAAUGGGCAUAAUGGGCAGUUGCCUAUGUGAGAAUUUUUGUAGCUCAAAGCAGAAGAGGAAGAAGAUUUUUGGUUAUGCACAGACCUAGUCUGAAGCUGCACCAGCAGAUCAAUAACUUUGAGUAUUUUGUUACUCGGGACCAUGUAGAGAGUUCACUCAGGGUGUGUUCAUAGAGCAAAACACCUUCUUGACAUUAAUGAUGACUUGUCUGAAAUACUUGAAUUUUUUUGCAUGAUUAUCUCAACAGGUGAUUGUCAUCGGGGCAGUUUUGCACAGGUCACAGUUUUCAGAGCAGUACAGAAAAAUACAUUUGAUGUGUUUUGUAGGAUGUGAUGAACGUCAUGCUGUGGGGUAAUUAGUGCAUGCUGAUUCACGAUACUUGAUGUUGUACUGUAAUGUGUUUACAGUGUGAUUGUUACAGUAUACAUGCAUGAAAAGUGUUAAUUCGAGGACCAUUUAUGCAGUUUGUAGCAACAGCGCUGAGUUGACUGUUUAGAAAAUGACGCAUUAAAAUGUUUUACAUUGAUGUCACAUGUAUUUGUCCAGAAGUAAUGAAAGAUUAAACGAAUCAACUGUCCAUUUUUUUAAUUAAAAAAAGUGUUUUCAAGAGUAAUAAUAAAAACAUUUACAGUUUGUGA